AUGGCCGACACGAAACGCGACGUCGUGAUCAAUUACGACGAGGUGAAGCUGAAGCUUCAACAGCUCAACGCCCUUUUCGAGAAUCCCGCGCUCUCGACGGCGAGCGUGAUUUUCAUCUGCACGGGCAAGACCCAGGGUGACGCCAGCGCUACACCUUCCGAGUUGCUACAGCUAUGGCUGACUGGGUUCCAGUUCCCGGAGACGCUGUUUGCGUUCUCGCGGGAUGGGACGUGGUACAUCUUGACUUCUCCGAAGAAGGCGAUGUACCUGGAGCCCAUACGGCAGCACCACGAGAAGCUGGUCAUUAUGCAGCGGUCCCCCGAUAAGUCGGACGCGGAGCAAGUGUCGGGGAUAUUCGAGAAGUUCACGGACCCGGUUUUGGGCGUGAUUGAUGGCGCCAAACCCACGGGCGCUUUUUCGGACAAGUGCCUCGAGGCCGUUGCCUCCUUCGCAACCGUCGACGUGACCUUUGAAAUCACCAACAUGAUGUGCAUCCGCACGAAGGUGGAAUUGGAGGCGCAGAAGCAGGCUGCGCAGUUCGCGUGUGCCGUCAUGAAGUCCCAGCUGAUCAACCAGAUCGAGAACAUCCUCGACUCCGAGGCCAAGAAGGCGCACUCGAAAAUAGUCUCCGAGGCGUUGAACGUGCACACGGACAUCAAGUUCCUGGAGAAGAUGCAGAAGAAGUACAACAUGAACCCCGCGGAGACCGAGGUGAUAUACAGCAACGUCCAGAGUGGCAACUCGUUCAACCUCGGCAUCGGCGUGCCGCCCGACGAGUCGACGCUCUCCCACAGCCCCGGUGCCAUCAUAGUCUCGGUCUGCUCCAAAUACUCGGAGCUGUGCGCGUGCAUCACCCGUACCCUGCUUCUCGACGGCACAGCGAAGCACAAGGACGCGUACGCCUUUGCGCUCAAGGCAUUCGACUACGCGCUGAGCAAGAUCAAGCCCGGCGCGACGUUCGGUUCCGUCUACGACGAGGUGCACAAGUAUGUGGUGAAGGAGAAGCCGGAGUUCGCGGACAACCUGCUGCGUUCCUUGGGGCACACCAUGGGCCUCGAGUUCAAGGACGCCAAAUUCACGCUCGUGAGCGGAAACGACAAGUGCACAAUCGCGAGCGGCAUGGUGUUCCACGUUUCCCUGGGGUUCGGCCACCUGGUUGAGGGCGGCAAGGAGUUUGCCGUGUGGAUCGGCGACACCGUGGAGGUGACGCCGGAGGGGGCCGUGGUUCUGACUGCCAACGUUAGCAAGAGCCUGGAGAACAUAUCGUAUGAGCUGGAGGAGGAAGAGGAGGAGCAGGUGGAGACCUCCGCGUCCAAGCCCCAGAAGCAGCCUGGUGUGUCCUCCGAGUUGCUUCGGGACGCUGACAGCGUGAUACUGAAGGAGCGCCUGCGCCGCCGUGACCGCGGCGGCCAGAACCAGGUGUCCGAGGCCGAGAUGAAGGCGCGCUUGGACCGCCAGCUGCAGCUCCGCAAGGAGAAGGUGGCCGCCAUAGUCGAGCGCGUGAAGGCCGAGGGCGGGCUGGCGGGCACCGCCAAGCAGCGCUCCGUCGUGAAGAUGGACAAGAUGCGCAGCUUUUCCUCGCCUAACUCCUUCUCCACCGACCUUGUGCCGCGGCAGAUUUACGUCGACGUCCGCAACGAGGUCAUCAUGCUGCCCAUCAACGGCUACCACCUGCCCUUCAGCAUCAUGACCGUCAAGAACGCCUCCUGCAACUCCGACGACAACCAGACGUACACCUUGCGUAUCAACUUCCAGGUCCCCGGCUCUCACACCUUCAGCUCCAAGACCGAGGUCAACCCGCUGCCCGAUUUGAACCACGAGAACGCGAUAUUUGUGAAGGAGGUCCUGUACCGCUCCUCCGACUCCAAGCACCUGCAGAACGUGUUCCGCUCCAUCAAGGAACUGAUCAAGCAGGUCAAGCAGCGCGAGACGGACGCCGACGCCCAUUUGGUGCUUGCCGAGCAGGAGAAGCUGCAGCUGAACAAGACCGGCCGCCGCAUCGUGCUUAAGGACCUGAUGGUGCGCCCCAACAUCCACGGCGCUAGGCGCAUCAUCGGGUUCCUGGAGGCCCACCACAACGGGCUGCGCUACGUGGUGAACACGCGUGACCGUGUCGACCACAUCGACAUCUCCUACUCCAACGUCCGCCACGCCAUCUUCCAGCCGUGCGAGCGCGAGUUGAUUGUUUUGCUACACUUCCACCUCAAGUCCCCCAUUAUGGUGGGCAAGCGCAAGUCGAUAGACGUGCAGUUUUACUGCGAGGUGGGCACGCAGAUCGACGAUCUGGACAACCGCCGCGGCCGCUCGUACAACGACCCUGACGAGGCGCUGGAGGAAAUGCGCGAUCGCGAGAUGAAGCGCCGCUUGAAUGCGGACUUCAAGCAGUUCAUGACGCAGCUGCAGGAGAUGUCCAGCCUGGUGUUCGACAUGCCCUACCGCGAGCUGAUGUUCAGCGGCGUGCCGUCCAAGUCCAAUGUGGUGAUCUUCCCCACGGCCCACUGUUUGGUGAACCUGGUCGAGUGGCCGCCGUUCGUCUUGACGCUGGACGACGUGGAGAUAGUCUCCCUGGAGCGUGUGCAGCACGGCCUGCGCAACUUCGACAUGGUGCUCGUGAACAAAGACUACUCGAAGCCCGUCCGCCGCAUCGACCUGAUCCCGGUGGAGUACCUGGACACCUUGAAAAGCUGGCUCAACGAGCUCGACAUGGUCUGGUACGAGGGUAAGAACAACCUGCAGUGGACUAACAUCCUGCGCACGAUCCUCGAGGACGUGGACGCCUUCGUGGAGAACGGCGCCUUCGACGGCUUCCUUGGCGAGUCCGAGGGCGAAGACGAGUCGGUGGACGACGAGGACGAAGAGUACGAGCACGAGUCAGACGAGGAGGUGGAGGAGGACAGUGAGGAGGAGUACAGCGACGAGGACGAGUCCCUGGCGGACGAAGAUGAGGAGGAUGACGAGGAAGCGUACGACGAGGAGGAGGAAGAGGGCCUCUCAUGGGACGAGAUGGAGGAGUUCGCCAAGAAGGAAGACGACCGCCACCGCUACGAGGACGACUCGCACCAUCGGCGCAAACGUCGUCGUUAG